CCUUUCUCUAUAUAACAAUACAACCGUGCUAACAAGCCCCUUGUGCCGUCCUCCUCUUUUCUUUUUUUUCUUUCCUUCUCCAAGCAAAGGCUUUUGAAACAUAUGGCUUUAGCGGCUGCUUUCCUCCUCCUUCUGCUGGCCACUCCGGCAGCUUACGCCGUGCAAUACACCGUAGGUGACAGCGCCGGCUGGACCACUGGUGGUGAUUACACAACUUGGGUUCAAGGGAAAACGUUCAACGUAGGAGACACUCUUCUGUUUACAUACGGUGGCAGCCACAAGGUGGACGAAGUAUCCAAAAGUGACUAUGACAACUGCAACAGCGGAAAUUCUCUAAAAUCCUACAGCAACGGUAACACCGUCAUCACUCUGUCCACCGCAGGCUCGAUGUAUUUCAUAUGCCCCACCGCGGGACAUUGUGCGGGAGGCAUGAAGCUAGCCAUCGACGUCGUAGCAGCCAGUGGCAACACGCCCUCCACCUCAUCUCCUCCGUCUGGUUCACCUAGUGGCUCAUCAUCAUCACCCCCGCCACCGCCUAGCCGUAGCGGAGCACCUAGCAUCAUGAAUAAUAGCGGUUUGAUUCUAGGCUUUUCGCUCGUGUUGGGAGCCGUCCUUGCAGUUAUGAGCUAGGGGAGAGGCAGUGCUAUAUUGUUAUUGCUUUCGUUUUGCUCAAUAUUCUGUGUGAUUUUUUUCCCCUUUCUGUACCCAGAGAUAUAGAUUUAUGUCUAAAUAAAUUAUCUUGAUUUAUGAUUAAAAAUGGGUUUUAUUUUUAA